CAAGAGCAGAAGAGGAGAGAGAAUCGAGCAGCAGAGGGUGAGGUCUGCUCGGCUCAGUCAGCAAAGACAGAAGAAAGAAGCUCUGCCAGGCUUUUUCUGUCAUGUAGUGAGGAGCCCUGCGGUCUGCAAGAACGCGUCUGUUCGUCGUUUUUGUUGUUUCGGUGAAAGACCUGCAAAGAGAAUCGUCGGAUCUAGCGGAAUGGAGACCUGCCGCUGACGGAGAUUCCCGAGCUCCCCUGAUAACAACAGGUCUUUUCCACUGAGUCCAUCUUCCCCUCAAAAGUCUUUAAGCAACCGACAAAGAGCUGGAGCAGAGACGAUCAAGCAUGGAUGUGCCCAGGAUGGCUGAGGGCCUCUUCAGCAGCACGCUGUCCUCGUCGGGUGGUGGCCAUCACGUGCCUUCCUACCUGACGCUUGAGCAGAAGGCUGCCUUUGUCUUCGUGCUGCUGCUCUUCAUCUUCCUGGCCCUGCUCAUCGUACGCUGUUUCCGCAUCCUAUUAGACCCAUAUCGCAGUAUGCCCUCAUCCAACUGGACAGACCAUACUGAAAAAGACACAUUUGAUUACCGCAUCGUGUGAGGACCACUAAGGGUGCAAAAAUUAUAUAAGCAUAUAUUUAUCUCUCUAUAUAUAAAGAAAAAAAUUACGCAAAUAGACUGAUUUGAUGCACUUUGCCAAACAAAAGACUGCCAGGAAAACAAAAGCUUUCAAAGAAAUCUUCUAAAAUUUAAGACUGAAAAUAAAUUUGACACGAUUAUAUUGAGUGCAAACCAGAGUUCUACAGCUUCUCCCUGCCAAUUCAAAGCAAUUCUCAACCACAGCAAGAGAGCCUGAACUACACUAUGAAGAUUAUUAAUCAAACCACAAGCUAACGUGGUCCUCAAGUCCGAGCGACACACCAGAGCCAAUUAAGGUUCACCCAUAGCUCCUUUCCCCUUCCAUUAAGUCUCUUGUGGACUACCUCGCUCCUCCACCAUCUCAUGUGUGGACUGUUUUUUCGUGUCAUACAGGGUCAAAUAUCUUCUGAGAUCCAAGCCAGUUGGAUACUAACAGUGUUUACAUCCUAUCAUGUUUACUUACAUCCUUAGAUUUCUAUUGAUAAUGUAGACAAUCAGUGUUUAAAACAAGUAUUUGCAGAGUGAAUAGUUAAGGUUUUUUAGCGCUUUCAUUUGUAUGUGUGUUUUUUCUUAUUUAUGCACAGAGAUGAAAGGUCACAAAGACUAUUUAUGAGCGAUAUGAUUCAUGCGAAGAGGAAUUUAAUGCCUUAUGUUGUAUAGGAUACCCUGUGAUAGUUUCUAGUGUCAUCACAGAAAGGAAAGGCCAUAAAAAAGACUGAUACAGAGGUCAUAAAGCAGGUUUAAUAAUCACAAAGGAGGAAACUGCAGCGGAAAGCUCCCUUUAAUGUUUAGGUUUGGACAGAUAAAUGCCAGCAGCGAGCGACUAACUGUUCUGUGUUUGCGAUAAAAAAAGAAACAAAAAAACCCUAUUUGUCCUUUUAGUCAUGGAGGGGCCUUCAGUGUCCACGUCUUUAGAUGUCAAAAACCAAAAGAGGUAUUGAAGAAAAAAAAAAGUUUACUGUGCUGUACCGUGUGCCUAAUUUGAAAAAAGAUUGAUGUGAAAAAGAAAGAAAAUGGGUUCAUAUUUCUGUUUUUUGAUGUAGUUUUUUUGUUUUUCCGUGCGUGUCGUGCCCAUUUAAAUAAACUUAAACAGCAUUUUACUGCCUGCAGUUGGUAUAUUGACAGUUGGUAUGCCAGAUCUGCAGAGUGUUGAUGAUGAAGAUGAUGAUGAUGCAUUUUCACAUCAGACCCUUUAUGAACUGAUGUUGUGGCUCUUUUGUUGGGCAACUUUUCAACUGUGCGCCUUAUAGUGUAGAUUGUUUACAGUAUUGUAGGUAGCUGAGACACUGGAGAUGCUGAUGCCACGGUGUCUUUGCACUUCACAGAGAUGUCAUACAACCUGUUAAAGUUUUAAAAAAGAUAUAUAGAUAUAUAGAGCACUCCCUGAUCUAGUUCCAACCAAGUAUUACUUCAGAAUGUGUAAUUCCUACAUUGUU